AUGUCCAGUGAACUAAAAGAUUUGAAACGGCAGGAGCGACAGUUACAAAGCACAUUCAACGGCGCAAAGCAGUUUUUGCUAAAAUUCAAACCGGAAAGGCAUGCCGGUCACGUUGAUAGUCGAUUAGAGCUGCUGGAAGCCGCGAUGAAGAAAUUUUACUCGGUGCGGAGAAAAAUCGAGUUGUUCGCUGACGAAGACGAUGAUAAGGAAGCAUUCGAUACCAAGGAAACACCAGGAGAUCGUGCUGCUCGUGUUGAAGCUCUUGCUGAAAGGCGCGAGGCCGACAAUUUUCAGAUCCUUCAGAGCGCUGAAGACCUUUACUGUGAGCUGAAGUCAUCGCUGCAGUCCCUGAGACCAGGAACAUCAAUACCGGUCCCAGCUGACGUUUUGCCAGCUCCAGCACAGGCUCCUUCUUGUUCGUUGUCGCGAGUCAAGUUGCCCGAAAUUCGCUUACCUAGUUUCGGAGGCACAACUAGCGACUGGGUCACCUUCCGUGACAUGUUUCUGAGCCUUAUUCAUCGCAACGAUCAAUUGAGUGCAAUCGAUAAAUUUUCGUACCUGCGAUCGUCGCUGGUUGGUGAAGCAUUGCAAGAGAUUGGCACGAUAGAUAUAUCUGUAGCCAACUACUCGAUCGCAUGGGAAUUGCCUAAGAAGCGUUAUGAAAACCGUAAGUUGAUAGUUAAAGCCCAUCUCGAUGCCUUGUUUGCCAUUGAACCAAUAAAGCGUGAGCAUUACGAUGCAUUGAGUCAACUUAUUAGUGAAUUUGAUCGUAACCUUCAGAUGUUGGAGAAAGUUGGAGAAGAUCCGUCCCAGUGA